AUGGAUUUCCAACUCAAAGAAGAAAUACUCUGGAAGGCCAGAGACUCAGGCAGAGUGUUCCUAGAGGACACCGAAGUACAACUAUAUCCGGAUCUAUCACCCGCCACACUGGCCUACCGACGGGCCUUGCGCCCCUUCACCAGACAAUUACAAGCGAACAAGCUCAAGUACAGCUGGUGCUUUCCAACCGGCUCGCAGGUCUCUACACCGAAAGGCCCCUUUGCGGUCAGGGACAGGAAAGACCUGGACGCACUUGCGGAGGAGCUCCAAAUAACCCCUGCUCCAAUACAAUGGCCGGUUCCCUGGCGUUGUACACUCCCGCCCUGGGUCCCCAGAACCCGAACACCAGACCCCAGAUACAGAAAACCACCUGACAGCAG